AUUGGUGGUCGUUGUGUACAAUUCGAAUCCAUGGUUCGUGAGACCGUCGUCGUCUUCGUGGUUGUUACUUUUAUUUUUGCCAGUAGGGUGUAAUACAAUCGCAUAUCCACCGACCGUUCCUGCUGUUACUCCUUCAAAAACCAUCGCAGAGAUAUGCAACAACAAUCGUCGUGUUCAGGAAAAGUUGCGCGUUCGAUUAGUGGUCGUUGUGUACAAUUCGAAUCAGUGGAUCGUGAGACCGUUGUCGUCUUCGUGGUUGUUACUUUUAUUUUUGCCAGUAGAGUGUAAUACAAUCACAUAUCCACCGACCGUUCCUGCUGUUACUCCUUCAAAAACCAUCGCAGAGAUAUGCAACAACAAUCGUCGUGUUCAGGAAAAGUUGCGCGUUCGAUUAGUGGUCGUUGUGUACAAUUCGAAUCAGUGGAUCGUGAGACCGUUGUCGCUUUGUGUGGUUAUUGCUGUUAUUUCUGUUGUUGUAUAUGAAAUAGCACCGCCAUUCUCCACUCUUUUCCUUGUAGAUUUACACCAGAUUCAAACAGUAAUCGUUGGAGCGAGUCCAAUUCCU